GGAUCGAACCUCCACCCAGACCCCCUACCCCUCCCCAGUCUAAGAGAGUGUUCUUAGGCAGAGAGAGAGCUAGCGUCCGCGCGGCUAACACCCAAACCGGUCCGAGCUCCGAAAAGAAACGGAACCGGGUUCUUUCCGAGACGCCGAACAGAAACGGAACCGGGUUCUUUCCGAGACGCCGAACAGAAACGGAACCGGGUUCUUUCCGAGACGCCGAACCACAGGAACGUGGGCUCGAUUCCACAGCUGAGCGUUUAAAUGUCCCGACGGUUGUUUAUACACAAACGUGACGUCAGCGUUGAUUUAAAUCUCGCGCAUGCGUAGAAAACACUGGCUGUCAAACGCCGAAAACAACAAACUCCAAAUGUUUUCAAAUGUAACAAUUUAAAAUCUCCUUUAGAGAAUAUAUUUGUACUUAAGGUCCAAACUUUUUAACUUAAAACUCUUUAUUUCUGCGUAAUUCUGCUAAACUUCGUUAGUUUGAGAAUCAAAUGUUUAUUUCCGGCCGAAAUGGAAAUUUUACCGUCGUGUUUAUUUUAUUUUAACUAAGUACUUAUAGUGGAUAUUUUAUUAAAGUAAAAGCACAUUUUAACUUUUCUGACACUGUGGGGACACAACUGCGCAUGCUCCUCUGGAAACCGGAAGUUUGUAUUCAGAAGCAGCGGAAGUUGUUCCUGAAUUCACCUGCGGAUCCAUCAGGACCCGAACCUUGGAGUCCCGAUUGACCGCAGAGGUCCGAGAGUGGACCCACGUUUCUACCCGAACCUAUUUCCGAACUGUAUGUGUCGACAAACUCUGUCAAAAACGGCUCGGUGCGUUUCCCGCCGCUGGAGCUCAUGUCCGGCUUCCUCCUGGUACCGCUGGACGGCGGGGAUCCGGUCCCCGUUCCGCCUGGGGAGACGCAGCUGGGCCGGGGUCCCCUGCUCAGAAUCAGCGAUAAGAGGGUGUCGAGACACCACGGCCUGCUGCAGAACCUGAACGGAGAGCUGCGCCUCAAACCGACCCACGUCAACCCCUGCUUCGUCCAGGCCUCUGCGUCCUCUGAGCCCCGCCCCCUGCCCAAAGGAUGCUGGUACAUGCUGCGCGACGGCGAGCUGUUCUCGCUGCUGCCGGAGCGACUGGUCUUCAGGGUGGAGGCCGUGGGCGGACAGGAGAGCACUCACAGGAGCAGCCGGAGCUCUGAAGACGAGCAGCUUCCCGCCUCCUCUGAGCAGCACGGCGACAUUUCUGCAAGUGACAGUCAGGAGAGGGAGGAGCCAGACGGGGGAAGCAGGCAGACCAGCAUUGAGCCUCACAGAGACGCCGCUCCGUCUGAGGUCAGGGUUCGAAUCCUUCCUGCCUGGAUGAUGGCGGUCGCAGCGCAGAGUCCCGCCCUCACGCUCAAAGUUCAGUCAGCUGUUCAUAGGAGAAAACGACCUGCUGGUGGUGUUCAGGCCACGCCCACCUCUGCAUCUUUACCUGAAGAGGCGGGGCCUAAGGAGGGAGAGGCGCAGAGGAAGAUGGAUGCUGAGGAGGCGCAGAGGAAGAAGAGGAAGAGGGAGGAAGAGGAGGAGGAGAGGAAGAAGAGGAAGAGGGAGGAAGAGGAGGAGCGGGCACCUAAAAGAGUCGUUCCUGCGGGAGCGUCCUCGCUCUCGCCCUGGAGUGACCCCACCAGACCGCAGGUGAAGAACGCGCCUCGCCGCCUCGCUGUGAGCGCAGACGACUUGGGAUGUUCCUCCACCGAGGCGCUGGAAGUCAACCAGCCUCAGGACAUGAACACACCUGCCUUGGCUCCGCCCACAACCCAGCGCCGAAAGCCCUGUCCUUAUGGAAAGGACUGCUACAGGAAGAAUCCGCUUCACUUUCAGGAGAGUAGUCAUCCUGGAGACUCCGACUACGAGGAGGAGGAGGAGGAGGAGGAGGAGGAGGAGGAUCGACCCGAGUGUCCGUACGGAACCGACUGCUACAGGAAGAACCCUCUUCACCGGAGAGAGUACAAACACACCAAGAAACCAGCCCGCUCCACCCGAGCCGUCCCCAGAAACGCCCCCGAUGAAGAGGAGGAUGAAGAUAGCUUUAUUGAUGACGACAGCGAAGAUCCUGACAAUGACUCUGACUAUAACCCCGCCCCCUCUGACGACAGCGAUGGCGAGGACAUCAAGAGGCAGCAGAGAGAAGCCACGGCCUUCCUGAAGAAGAGGAAGUGAGGAAGGACAUCUGAGUGGUCAGCCGUUUCCACGGUAACCAUUCACCCGGAUGAAACGGGUCAAGGGGCUUCUACUUCCUGUUUCAACAAAGGAGUUGAUCAACAGACUUUUAAUAGGAAAAACAGCAGGAAGUCCUGUGACAUCACAAAGUCACAACAGACUUUUAGAUUAAUUCACUUUUAUUCCAGCAGCCUGAUUAUUUUUACCAUUUAAAGCAGUCUUUGCUUUGAAAACAUUUAUUUUGAAAAAAAAUCCUUCAAUGUGCUGGGAUUUUUUUUUACUGAUUUGAAAAGAAUCAAAGAAACACUUUUGUUCCAUGCAUAGCAUGGUCAUCCUGUUCUUUCACAAUAAAAGCUUCUGAAGGAAA